CAGGCGCGCACCUCCUCCUAUCAGAGGGGAACCACCUUUUCACGACAACUCCGGGCUCCUGGUGAGUAAAGGGUCAUUUCAGAGGAAUCCAACCCGCAGAAGGACACUAUGACGGGCAGCAUUGCGGGACUCGAGAGGUUUGAUAGUCCGGGUAAAGGGCGAGGUCUCCGCGUUACCAGACCCUUUAAAGUUGGAGAGCUGCUGUUCUCCAGUCCGGCGCACUCUUUCGUGCUGUCAGUGAAGGAGAGGGGCUGCUACUGUGAGUUCUGCUUCACCAGGAAAGAGGGCUUGGCAAGAUGUGGGAAGUGCAAGAAAGCCUUCUACUGCAAUGUGAAAUGCCAGAAAGCGGACUGGGCCAUGCACAAGCUGGAGUGCUCGGCCAUGACUGCGUUCGGAGAGAACUGGUGCCCGUCAGAGAUAUCUCGUCUAGUGGCCAGGAUCCUUGCCAAGAAGAAAACGCAGAAAGAAAGAUGUGUUUCUGAGAAGAUCUUGCUCAUAGAAGAGAUGCAAUCACAUGUGGAGGAUGUAAAUAAUGAGAAAAGAGAGAUGGACGAGACAGAUGUUGCUGGACUGCAUCGUUUUUUCUCCAAACAUUUGGAGUUGCCCGGCCAUAAAGACCUUCUCACACUCUUCUCCCAGGUUGCCUGUAAUGGUUUCACUAUAGAGGACGAUGAACUGUCCCACAUGGGUACUGCAGUCUACCCAGAUGUGGCACUGAUAAACCACAGCUGUCUCGCCAGCGUCAUAGUCACAUAUAACGGGACGUCGGCGGAGGUUCGGGCGGUGCAGAACAUGAAGCCUGGGGACGAGGUGCUCAUCAGCUACAUAGACGUCCUCUAUCCAACAGACGAUCGCAACAACAGGCUGAGAGAGUCCUAUUAUUUCACCUGUGAAUGCAAGGAAUGUAAAACCAAGUCCAAGGACAAGGCAAAGUUGAAAGUACGCAAGCAGAGUGACCCCAAAGAGCCAGAGGUCAUCAGCAACAUGGUGCGCUACGCCAAGAAAACCAUCGGAGAGUUCCGGGCCUCCAAACACAUAAAGACCGCCAGUGAGUUGCUGGAGAUGUGUGAACAGAGCCUGGAGGAGAUGGGAGCCGUCUUUGAUGACGCCAAUGUCUACAUGCUCCACAUGAUGUACCAGGCCAUGGGGGUUUGUCUCUACUUGGAAGAUCCAAACGGAGCUAUCAGAUACGGCGAGAAGAUCAUCAAACAUUACAGCAAGCUGUAUCCACCCUACUCUCUGAAUGUGUCCUCCAUGUACCUGAAGUUGGGCAGACUGUACAUGGGCCUAGGCAGACUUUCAGUGGGUGCCAACGCUCUCAAGAAGGCAAUGGCCAUAAUGGAGGUUGCACAUGGGAAGGAUCACUUCUACUUGACAGAGUUGCGCAAAGAGAUGGUACGAAAAUGACGAGAAAGUAAAGAAAUGAUGUAACACGGCUGACCCGUACGGACUGCAUACACUCCUUUGACUCGGAGCUUCACGGAACUGAAGGCACUUUGUAGUAUUUUUGGUACUGAAGCAAAGAUAAAGAGCAUUCAUGUUUUUAUGCAAAGUUUUAUGCAUUAAAAACAUUUUUGGGAUAUUGGACUUUUUACAUCAGUUUGCAAGUUUGUUGAAUGCAGGAUACUUUUGUACCAAGCAUGCGUUUAAUGUUCAGUUAUGGGCAAAUGUGAAAAUCUGACAUUGUGAACAGUGCUUUUUUUAAAAGGUUUUUCCAAGUUGUUAA